CAAUUUACACGGCCAAUUACCCAACCCACUCACUAGGACUCCCCCUAUCACUAGUAAUGCCCCAACACACCAGGAGGGUCAAGACUAACACAUGCCUCCUCCGAUACAUGUGAAGUCACACUCCGCUUCUUUUCGAGCUGCUGCUGAUGCAGCAUUGCUGAGCAGCCAACGCGCUUGGAGGAAAGCGCAGCGGCUCGGUUCUGAUUCAUCAGCUCACAGACGCCCUGUGCUGUGGACAUCACCCUAGGAGUGAUGUGGGGAGAGAACGCCAUCUACCCACCCGGAGGGAGCAGGGCCAAUUGUGCUCCCUCUGAACGCUGGCAGCUUGAUGGCAAAGCUGCUGAAAUUUCAUUGUUUAUUUUUAACAGUAUACCGCAUUACACAAAGUGCUGGGGACAGAAACACAGUAGGUGAUGGGUAAAUGUCUCACUUACACAGUUUACACUCAACUUAGUCUGUGUCUCCAAAAGUGCCCAAACACAACCGAUUACAUAUUUACCCACUAAAUAUCAGUACUUUCCAUGUUUAAAAAGCAUUUGGAUAUUUAAAUACCUUUUAAAUCUCACGUUAAGCUGUUUUUUGUUGUUUUUAGAGAUGGAGGACAUGGCAGAAAUAAUCGUUGACUAAUCGAAUAAUUGAAAAAAUUUAUAUCAGAUUAGUCAACUUCCAAAAUAAUCAUUAGUUGCAGCCCUAGUGAGCACUGGCCAGUUGGUGGUGCUAUGUCCACAACCAAAUUUUAUCAAGAAAACGUUUCGCCUAGAACAUGCUUCAUAUUAAUGAGCUAGAUAUUAAGAGUUUAUUUGUUUUUUAGUUUUUUUUGUUUAAUAUAUAACAAUUCUAUUUUUUUUAUUUCUACUAAUAUUGCUACAGUGUGGAUCACAUUCAAUCUAGUGACCAAAACCUCAUUUGGAUUUCAAAUGAAAAAUAAAGAAUACAGAAAAAGACAUGGAUCGUCAGCUUUUUAAACUGAAGUUACACAGUAAUGAAAUAAUGGGGGGCAAGAAGUUGCUUAAAUGUUUUAAGGAAAAAUAUCCAUUUCAUAUUAUAAUUUGCUUUCAUAUUAAUUUUAGGUGUGUAUUUAUAUUUUCAGUCUUUAUAAUAAAGAACAAUAAAGGAAUCUGUAACUCAGCUAAAUGUUUUGUACCAAGAAUGUCACUAAUCUAAAAUAAAAUGAUAGUGUAAUUGCUUUAAUCUUACAUUUCUUCCAUUUUAUUUUCUCAUUUAAUGGUUAAUACUUAUAACACCAAUCCUGUCUGUAUGCUAUUUUUAUAAGUAAAGCACCAUAGGCAACAUCUUAUCGCCAAGGGUCUUUUAGAACAGUAUAAAUACACCAGCUAUAGGACCGUGCCCAGUGAGACUGAGGCUGCUGUUUUUUCAUUGUGUCUCAUAUACUAAAGUCUCUUUUUUUUCAGUGGGAUUGAUUGCUCAUAUAAUCUGUUUUACAUAAAUUAUACUGUCUUUGUACUUUUUUCUAUUUUCAGAAAUGCAGAACUCAGGUAAUAAUAAUAACACCCUAAACAUUAACUUUUCAAGAAUUUUCAUGCAGAAAGUGAUGAUGGUGCAGAUUCUGGUGGGGAUUUUCCUGUAUGUGAACUGUUUGAUGAUAUUUACCUUUCUAAAAAAGGAGAUUUUUCGAGAGGACACUCGGUACAUACUGUUCGCACAGACUCUAUUGGUUGAUUCGGUUUUAUUGGUGUUGAGUGAUGUGAUGUUGAUCUGGAAUACUUACCUGUACCCUAUCCACAUGAUUCCUUGUAUUAUCAUCUGUACAUUUGUAACUGUUCUCACCACUUGCACUCCACUGACUCUUGUGGCGAUGUGUCUGGAGCGCUAUGUUGCUAUAUGCAUGCCUUUGAGACAUGCAGACAUCUCCACCAGCAGGACCAGAUUACUUGGACUUCUUAUCAUAUGGAGUCUCAGCUGCAUAGGUCCUCUGUUCACUUUUGUAGCGUUUCUUGCUGUGGUCCACCCUGGUGCUCUGUUCUCCUCUGCGGUUUGUACUGUGGAGAUAUUAUAUGAGCAGGACUGGCAGGCACAAAUGCGUAUUGUAAUUUUGCAGCUCCUUUUUCUUACUAUGACCCUCAUCAUUGUCUUCACCUACAUCAAAAUUAUGAUUGCAGCCAGAGCUGCUUCCACGGAUAAAAAGAAAUCGACCAAUAAGAGUCUCAGAACUGUGAUCCUUCAUGCCUUUCAGUUGUUUCUGUGUAUAAUGCAGUUUUUAAACCCAUAUAUUGAAAUUGUAUUCUUAAAGCUAGAUAUAUCUGUAUAUGGUCAGUUGAGAUAUGCUAAUUUUGUUAUUUUUAUCAUUGCGCCACGUUGCUUAAGCCCACUGAUUUAUGGACUGAGAGAUGAAAAGUUUUUCCAUGUUUUAAAACAUUAUGCUUUGUUUGGUUUUGAUACAUUUUUCUCAGGAUUGUUCAAUAAGUGGAAAGUAAGACCUAUUGAAACUAAAGCUUUGUGAAAUAUAUCGUUUUUUACUAUUAAUGCUACAAAUAAUAAUGCUUUCCUGCUCAUCUAUGGAAAUCAAUAAAUCAGUGUUUGACAUGAAA